AUGGCCGCCACAAACUCUCUCGACCAUCUGAGCAACCGGAUGAAGCUGGAAUGGCACGCCCGGCUUAACACUGAGAUGGUGCCCUCGAAGAACUUCCGCCGCACCUCCAUCAUCUGUACCAUUGGCCCCAAGACAAACUCCGUGGAGAAGAUCAACGACCUCCGCACAGCUGGUCUCAAUGUUGUUCGCAUGAACUUCUCCCACGGCUCGUAUGAGUACCACCAAUCUGUUAUUGAUCAUGCCCGCGAGGCUGAGCGUCUCCAAACCGGACGUCCUCUCGCCAUUGCUCUUGAUACUAAAGGACCUGAGAUCCGUACCGGAAACACCAUCGGCGACAAGGACAUCCCUAUCAAGGCCGGCCAAGAGAUCAACAUCACCACCGAUGAGCAAUACGCCACUGCUUCUGACGACCAGAACAUGUACCUUGACUACAAGAACAUCACCAAGGUGAUCUCUCCCGGCAAGCUCAUCUACGUCGAUGAUGGUAUCCUUUCCUUCGAAGUGUUGGAGGUCGUAAAUGAGCAGACCCUUCGCUGCAAGUGCCUCAACAACGGCAACAUCUCCUCCCGCAAGGGUGUCAACCUCCCCGGCACUGACGUUGAUCUGCCUGCUCUCUCCGAGAAGGACAUCAACGAUCUGAAGUUCGGUGUCAAGAACAAGGUCGACAUGAUCUUUGCCUCCUUUAUCCGUCGCGGAAACGACAUCCGUCACAUCCGUGAGGUGCUCGGUGAGGAGGGCAAGGAGAUCCAGAUUAUUGCUAAGAUCGAGAACCAGCAGGGUGUAAACAACUUCGACGAGAUCCUGGAGGAGACUGACGGUGUCAUGGUCGCCCGUGGUGAUCUUGGUAUCGAAAUCCCUGCCCCCAAGGUCUUCAUCGCCCAGAAGAUGAUGAUCGCCAAGUGCAACAUCAAGGGUAAGCCCGUCAUCUGUGCCACUCAAAUGCUGGAGUCCAUGACAUACAACCCUCGCCCCACCCGUGCGGAGGUUUCCGAUGUUGCCAACGCCGUUCUUGACGGCGCCGACUGUGUUAUGCUGUCUGGAGAGACCGCCAAGGGUAACUACCCUUGCGAGGCCGUUCGCAUGAUGUCCGAGACCUGCUUGCUCGCUGAGGUUGCCACUCCUCACUUUAACGUUUUUGACGAGCUGCGCAACCUGGCUCCUCGCCCCACCGACACUGUCGAGUCCAUUGCUAUGGCUGCUGUCAGUGCCAGUCUGGAGCUGAAUGCUGGAGCUAUUGUUGUUUUGACCACCAGCGGUAACACUGCUCGUAUGCUUUCCAAGUAUCGUCCUGUCUGCCCUAUCAUCAUGGUUACCCGUAACCCCGUGGCUUCUAGGUAUUCUCACUUGUACCGUGGUGUCUGGCCAUUCCUCUUCCCUGAGAAGAAGCCUGACUUCAACGUCAAGAUCUGGCAGGAGGAUGUUGACCGCCGUCUUAAGUGGGGUAUCAACCACGGUCUCAAGCUCGGUAUCAUCAACCGGGGCGAUCCUAUCGUCUGCGUGCAGGGGUGGCGUGGUGGUAUGGGCCACACCAACACCGUUCGUGUGGUCCCUGCUGAGGAAAACCUCGGUCUGGCUGAAUAA